ACAGACCUGCUGGAGCUAGCACCUCCUGAGAACGGUUUCCCUGCGCUGCUGACCAGCGAUGACCAGCUGUUUAUAUUUGAGACGGCGGGGGUGUUGAUCGUCCACGGAGAGAGUCCCGCCGAGAGGAAGCAGGCUCUGAUGAGAUCCCUGCUGACCCCGUUGACCGACGCCUUCCGUCUGCUGCUGGCCAAACUGGCCUCUGAGAGGGAGGAGGAGAGGCAGGCUGCGCUGGCCGACUGUCUGAGUCACGCUGUUGGCUUCGCUAGUCGUACCAGUAAGGCGUUCAGCAACAAGCAGACAGUGAAGCAGUGUGGAUGUACUGAAGUCUACAGAGACUGUCUGCAGACCUUCCUGCCUGCACUGAGCUGUCCUGUCCAGAGGGGGUCUCUGCGUAGCGCUGUCCGCUCCUUCCUCCACCGCAUGAUCAUCUGUCUCGAAGAAGAGGUCCUGCCCUUCGUCCCUGCGGCAUCGGAACACAUGCUGAAGGACUGCGAGGCCAAGGACCUGCAGGAGUUCAUACCCCUCAUCAGUCAGAUCACCGCUAAGUUCAAGGACCAGGUGUCUCCGUUCCUGCAGCAGGUGUUCAUGCCUCUGGUCCUGGCCAUCUUUGAGGUGUUGUGUCGACCUGCUGAGGACAACGACCAGGCAGCAGCUCUGGAGAAACAAAUGUUACGUAGAAGCUACUUCACCUUCAUACAGACGAUAACCUCCAGUGGGAUGAACGAAGUCCUGGCCAACCAGGGUGUUGAGAACGUAGAGCGGGUUCUGUUCACCAUCAUCCAGGGAGCUGUCGACUUCCCCGACCCCAUCGCCCAGAAGACCUGCUUCAUCAUCUUGUCCAAGCUGGUGGAACUCUGGGGAGGUAAAGACGGUAUGGCUGGUUUCCCAGACUUCAUCUAUAAACACAUCGUCCCAGCAUGCUUCCUGGCUCCUCUCAAACCAUCCUUUGAUCUCACAGACGCUCAGACCGUCCUGACGUUGUCAGAGUGUGCUCUGACGUUGAAAAUGAUUCAUCUCAGAAGGGGUCCGGAGUUUAUCCAGUACCUUCAACAGGAGUACCUCCCUUCUCUACAGGUGUCACCUGACAUCACACAGGAAGUGUGUCAAGUGCUUCAGCAGCCGGACGCCAAGGUCCUCAAAAACUACAUGAAGGCUUUCUUUCAGCGAGCCAAACUGUAAAUACGAACCGAGCUGGAAGGAUUGAGAGAGGACACUGGAAACUAAGAGAAGACUGGUAGUGAGAUAGUACUACGGACAGCCGGACAGAGAGAGAGACGGACAGAGAGAGAGACGGACGGAGAGAGAUCUUAAAGACGGAGAGAGAUCUUAAAGACGGAGAGAGAUCUUAAAGACGGAGAGCUUAGCAAAGGAGCGGCCUUAGCACUUCUGAAGGUAACUGCAUAACCCCGCCCAUCCUGUCCACGUGGGAGGGAACGGAGCCAAGACACAACGACACGAGUGGUCAAGGAGGCUUUCACUGGGAUGACCACACCCCCCUCCACUGAUCCAGGCCCAAUCAAGGACGUGCUCUCCAUCUGGGGUGGUACCCUGGUCAAGUGAAGAUGUGAUUGGUUGGAUUCUCUGCAAGACAGGAAGUAAACUAGAGUAUAGAGGAAGGCUUAUGGAACGAGGCUUCCGUAGUAGAAUACCAAGUAUCCUUGAACAGGCCUGAGGCCUCAUCUGUCUGUUGGUAAUGAUCCAACAAUGACCUGAACACAAUCUAACGAUUAGGAUUUAUUGUUUAUAAACAUGUAUUUUUUUUCAAGAUGUCUUUCAUUUGAGUGGUUGAACGUGGAGGUUUUGUUUCUCUUUGCCCUGUCAAUGAAUUGAUGGACUAAAUAAAAGGGCUGGCUUGACAGAUUUUUCUAGAUUUUUCUGUUGUGGAAGAAAUGGGAUGGUUGGGGUAGGAUGUGUUUUAGUUUGACGUGAACUCUGUAAUGGUGGAUGACAGACAGGACAGACCUCUGGUUUAUUCUGCAUUUACUUUACCUUCUGUUCCAGUUGUCAGGUACCCCUGUCCCUCAGAACGUUGUCAGGUUGUCCCUCAGAACGUUGUCAGGUACCCCUGUCCCUCAGAACGUUGUCAGGUUGUCCCUCAGAACGUUGUCAGGGACCCUGUCCCUCAGAACGUUGUCAGGUUGUCCCUCAGAACGUUGUCAGGUACCCCUGUCCCUCAGAACGUUGUCAGGUUGUCCCUCAGAACGUUGUCAGGUGCCCCUGUCCCUCAGAACAUUGUCAGGUUGUCCCUCAGAACGUUGUCAGGUACCCCUGCCCCUCAGAACAUUGUCAGGUACCCCUGUCCCUCAGAACGUUGUCAGGUACCCCUGCCCCUCAGAACGUUGUCAGGUUGUCCCUCAGAACGUUGUCAGGUACCCCUGUCCCUCAGAACGUUGUCAGGAUGUCCUGAACGUCAGGGCCUCUAUUCAUGGUGUUUCGGUAGGAGUGCUGAUGGAGGAUGUUAUGAAUAAGAAGAGGUCGGACUAGAUCAGAUAUUCUUUAUGAACUCAAGCCCUGAACAAGGUUCUCCUCUACCCUCAGUCCCCUCAUACAGAAUUGGACCUGCCCUGAAUAAGGUUCUCUACCCCCAGUCCCCUCAGACAGAAUAGGACCUGCCCUGAACAAGGUUCUCUACCCUCAGUCCCCUCAGACAGAAUAGGACCUGCCCUGAAUAAGGUUCUCCUCUACUCUCAGCCCCCUCAUACAGAAUAGGACCUGCCCUGAAUGAGGUUCUCUACCCCCAGUCCCCUCAGACAGAAUAGGACCUGCCCUGAACGAGGUUCUCCUCUACCCCCAGUCCCCUCAGAAAGAAUAGGACCUGCCCUGAACGAGGUUCUCCUCUACCCCCAGUCCCCUCAGAAAGAAUAGGACCUGCCCUGAACGAGGUUCUCCUCUACCCCCAGUCCCCCUCAGAAAGAAUAGGACCUGCCCUGAACGAGGUUCUCCUCUACCCCCAGUCCCCUCAGACAGAAUAGGACCUGCCCUGAAUAAGGUUCUCCUCUACCCUCAGACAGAAUAGGACCUGCCCUGAACGAGGUUCUCCUCUACCCCCAGUCCCCUCAGAAAGACUAGGACCUGCCCUGAACGAGGUUCUCCUCUACCCUCAGUCCCCUCAGAAAGACUAGGACCUGCCCUGAACGAGGUUCUCCUCUACCCUCUGUCCCCUCAGAAAGAAUAGGACCUGCCCUGAAUGAGGUUCUCCUCUACCCCCAGUCCCCUCAGAAAGACUAGGACCUGCCCUGAACGAGGUUCUCCUCUACCCUCAGUCCCCUCAGAAAGACUAGGACCUGCCCUGAACGAGGUUCUCCUCUACCCUCAGUCCCCUCAGAAAGACUAGGACCUGCCCUGAACGAGGUUCUCCUCUACCCUCAGUCCCCUCAGAAAGAAUAGGACCUGCCCUGAACGAGGUUCUCCUCUACCCUCUGUCCCCUCAGAAAGAAUAGGACCUGCCCUGAACGAGGUUCUCCUCUACCCUCUGUCCCCUCAGAAAGACUAGGACCUGCCCUGAACGAGGUUCUCCUCUACCCUCAGACAGAAUAGGACCUGCCCUGAAUAAGGUUCUCCUCUACUCUCAGCCCCCUCAUACAGAAUAGGACCUGCCCUGAACGAGGUUCUCCUCUACCCCCAGUCCCCUCAGAAAGAACAGGACCUGCCCUGAACGAGGUUCUCCUCUACCCCCAGUCCCCUCAGACAGAAUAGGACCUGCCCUGAACGAGGUUCUCCUCUACCCUCAGUCCCCUCAGACA